GAGAAGGGAGUGGAGAGCAAAGGAAGCUGGAGCCUGCAGGCACUGGGAACAAAACAGACGCAGUUAGCAAGUUGCCGCAAACGCCACCAAACCAGCUAUAAUGAAGUUCAUCUUUCUGUUUUUGUUGCUCAGCUUGUCCAUGACAACUGCGGCCCCUAAUCCCACCCCGACACCAAACGAAGCUAAGUCCCACUUUGCCAUGUUAGAUGAUGUACGACUGUUGGCUAACGGACUGCUCCAGCUUGGUCAGAGUCUCCGGGAGUUCGUGCACAAGACCAAGGCUCAGAUCAAUGACAUUUUCCAGAAGCUCAACAUAUUUGACCGAUCCUUCUACCAGCUCUCAGUGGUUACUAGUGAGAUCAAAGAGGAAGAGGAGAAGUUGAAGAAGACGACCACAUUUUUGAAGGCCAACAACGAGGAGAUCAAGAACUUGUCGCUGGAGAUCAACUCCAAAAUCAACAACAUUCUACAGGAGCGAAGCCAGCUGCACAGCAAGGUUGGUGGACUGGAGGAAAAGCUGAAGGGCUUGUCUCAGAGCAUGAUGCCCAUGGAGCAACUUCAGGAGGUCUCUGCCUUGAAGGAUGUGAUUGAAACACAAGAAAAGACCAUUACAGAUCUGCUUAAAUCUGUGAAAGAGCAACAUGAACAGCUCAACUACCAGAAGAUACAAAUUAAAAGUCUUGAAGAUAAGCUGAAUAAUGACACUUUUCAAGAGACAACUGAAAAAACUAUGGAUUUAAGUCCAGAAAUGCCUGACCAUUUUGGGUACUUGACAAUAAACUCAACAAAUGGAACUACUGACUCAUCUGACUUUCCAAUGGAUUGCAGCGAUGUGUUCAAAAGAGGUCAGAGGAACAGUGGAAUUUACCCAAUCAAACCCAAUCAAUCUGAACCUUUUAAUGUGUACUGUGAGAUAAGUUCUGGUGGUGCAGCCACAGUCAUCCAGAGGAGGGAGGAUGGUUCUGUUGAUUUUGACCAAUCGUGGGAAAGAUAUGAACAUGGAUUUGGCAAUCUGGAAAAGGAGUGUUGGCUUGGCUUGGCGAAGAUCCAAUCCAUUGCUCAACAAGGAGAAUACAUUUUACACAUCGAACUGGAAGACUGGAAAGAGGAAAAGAGAUUUAUAGAGUACAUGUUCACCCUGGAUGGCGCUGCAUCAGAUUACACCCUUCACCUGGCACCUUUAUCUGGAAAUCUGCCUGAUGCCAUGAGCAACCACACAGGCAUGAAGUUCUCAACCAAGGACAAAAACAAUAAUAAUCUUGAUGAGUCCAACUGCGCCCGCAACUACACAGGUGGUUGGUGGUUUAAUGCAUGUGAGGACACCAACUUAAAUGGGAGAUAUGCCUGGAUGAGAUCAAAAUAUCGUCCCCAGCGCAGGAAAGAGAUCUACUGGAGGCCAGCCAAAGGAAGCUCCUAUAGCCUCAAAUCCACAAAGAUCACCAUCAGGCCAUCAGCCCAGUUUCAAUAAUCCCUGACCCUGUUCUCCAUUGGGCAAUUCAAGAUCAAUAAGUGGGGUCACAAUGGCAGUAGACACUAGCCAACAAAGUGUUCCCUUUUCUCUAUAGACAGUCCAAAACUGCAGAUUUUUCACCAUAAAAUGAUGCAAUUGCAAAAGGUCAUUGACUUUGGUAGAGGGAAGAAACCAAGUCAAAGGGGAAUUGCAACAUGCAUGUGUUAGUUCAGAAUCUUCAUAGGUCAUUGGAUUACAACCUUGCAGCUUGGUGAAGAAGAAUAUUUGGUUUAAAAAAAAAUCAUAAAACCACAGAUUCAAAUAGCAAGCUGAACACACCUAUGGAACAUCUGGUGGAUGAUAUUAUUAAAAGUGGACUAGAUUUAACAAUAAGUGUGUAGACAAUACACACACCAUUAUAGAACUACAUUGCGUUCAACUAUAAAGCUUCACAAUGCAUUGGUUUUAUUGUAUUUUAACUUAAAGAUUGUAUUUAAGCAAGGUUCGAAAAUGUGCAAAACAAGAAAAGCAAUGGUUAACACUUUAAAAUAGUAUACAUAUAAUUCUAAACAGAAACAUAUAAUUCUAAACAGAUCAGUUGUUCAUGUACAAUACAAAUUUGAAUAUAUGAAAAUACACAAACCAAUCAUUUCUUUGCAACCUCUGUUAUUGGACACUUUCACUCACAGAAUAAAUCAUGGAUGAUUGCAAAUAAGACAUUUCUACAAUAGCGAAACUUUGCUUUUAUGUGAUGCCACAUCGUAAAAAAUGCACAUUCAAGCAAUAUGUAAUGUUUGUUAAUGUUAUUAAUUGAAGUUAUUAUAAAGUGUUACCAAAAUAUGUGCCGUUAUGGUGGUUAAAGUUUGAUCAGCUGCAUGUCUCUUUCUGUUACUGAGUCAUAUUGACUCCUGGUUAUGCUUUGUGCAUACUCAGCUGUACUGUAUAUAUUUCAUUUACAGAAUGUUCCUCAUUGAUGGUCUGGUACAUCAUAUUUAUAGCGAAACAAUUAAAC